AUGGUUAAUUCAAUUGUUCCAAAGAUAAAUGUUGCCAGGAUAUUUUCUGUAUUAGCAGAAGAAACAACUGAUACUUCAUGUACUGAAAUUUCAUAAUGUGUUUGGUAUAUAAAAAGUAAUAGUAUAAAAUUACGUAAAGAUUUUUUUAAAUUUAUCCCUGUAACUAGUUUAACGGGAGAAAGCCUCGCUCAAACUUUAUUAGACAAUCUAAUAAAUCUUGGUAUAGAUUGUUCUUUUAUGGUUGGCCAGGGAUAUGACGAGGCUGCGGCUAUGAGUGGUAAUUUUAAUAACAUACAAGCACAUGUGGCUAUUUAUAUCCACUGUGCCUCUAAUAGUCUUAACUUGGCUAUUUCUGACGCUUGUGAACUUCAAAGUAUUCGGAAUUGCAUUGGUGUACUUGGAACUGUAUACAAUUUUUUAAUACUCCUAAACGACAAGAAGUUCUUUUGAGUGCAAUCCCAAGAAAAACAAAUACAAAAGCCACUAGACUUAAAAAUGUAUGUCCCACAAGAUAGGUUCAGCGACAUGAAUCAGUUUUAAUAUUCUUAGAAAUUCAAAAUGCUGUUACAAUUUCUCUUGAAACCAUUUCUUUGUGAAUAGAUAAAACUACUUGUUCUACAGCAUUACAACUAUUAUCCGCAAUCCAAAAUAUUGAAUUCCAGAUAUUCCUCCGUACUACCACCAAGAUUUUUGGUAUAACUUCUCCCUUGAGUCGUUUACUACAAAUAGAAAAUCUUGAUUUAUCAAAUGCGAUAACUAUUACAACAAACAUUGAAGAAAUUUUACUAAAAAUACGUAAUUUUAGUGAAAAAGAAUUUAAUUAUAUUUUCAAAGCGGUUAAAAAAACAUGUUCUUCAUUGAUUGGGAUUUUGAUCUUAAAAUACCACGAAAAGUUGGUGAACAAGUAAGUACAUAGUAGUAAUAUUGAAACAGAUUCACCUGAAUUAUAUUUUCGUGUUUCAUUAUUCAUUCCAUUUUUAGAUUUUUUCAUUACCCAAAUUCAAAGAGGUUUGUUAGAUCACAAACAAAUUUUGACAAGUUGUCAAUGUCUUUUGCCAUUAAAAAGAAUUAG